UUUGAUGGCGAUUUUGUGAGUUCACGGAUUGUUUUGGUUUUCCUCACAAUUGCGCCACUCUUUUGCUGGAUAUUUUUAUUAAGUUUUAUAGUGUAUGUGUAUAGAUAAGGUUGCCUGUGAUCUCUGGAUUGAAAAUUUGCGUGAAAAUGCCCAGGGAUAUAAGAUCAUAUUUCUCAGCGAGUUCCAAGUCGUCAAGCAGUGUGAAGACGUCUAGCAAAGAUGCACAGUCCAAGCCAUCGAAAUCUUCCACGAGUAGUGCGAAGAAGAAGACUUUUGUGGUGUCAAGCGAUGAUGAAAUUCCUCCAACUCCGGACGCUCCGCGAGUGAAGAAGCAUGAAAGUUCUAAAGGACAUUCCAAGCGGCGGAGGGUUUUUGACUCUGACGAUGAGAAGGAGGUGAAGAAGAGCAGCAAGCCCGAUCUGAAGAAGCUGAAGAAGGAACCCGAAGUGCCGAAAAAAGUGGUGAAAUCUCUGGGUGAGAUCUUUAAUGACAAACCUGUGGAAAUGGUUUUAAAAAAGCAGAAAACUCCAAAGAAAUCUGCGGCGGUGGCUUUCCCAUCUGAUGACGAGUUUGAUGAUUUUGCUAAGAACUUCGUGGAUGGUGAUGAGAAGCCCAAGAAAACCAAAACUCCGCGGAAAUCAGAUAAGGACAAAGAGAAGAAAACACCCAAGAAAGAACCAACUGAAAGUGAUUUUCAUUCAGAUGAGGAAUUCUUAAGGACUGUAAAGGCCUUGGAUGAAGUCAAUGGGAAGCAUAAGACGCCCAAGAAGACCCCGAAGAAGAAUCUCGAGAAUGAAAAGGAGAAAUCCUCGGAGAAAGUGAAGAAGGAACCAAAAUCGGCUGAAAAGUCUUCAAACUCUGUGGAAAAGAUCUCAAAAGCGGUUGAAAAGCCUUCAAAAUCUGCUGAAAAGACAACAAAGCCGGUAGAAAAGCCUCCAAAAUCUGCUGAAAAGAUUAGAAAACCUGUUGAAAAGAGUCCAAAACCUGCUGACAAAGCACGUAAAGAGGAGACCAAGGAGUCUAAAGAAGUUCCUCCUGAAGACAAGAAGAAACUGGCGGGGAUUUUGUACCAGAAAUUCAAGAAUCGCUCGUCCUGCAUCGAUCCGGGUAGCAAGGAAGUGCCAGAAGGCGCUCCCGAUUGCUUAGCCGGACUGAGCUUCAUAAUCACUGGCAUUCUGGAGUCGUUGCAGCGCGAAGAGGCCACACAGUUGAUUAAGGAUCUCGGCGGGCGAGUGAUGGCGUCGGUGUCGAAGAAGACUGAUUACGUGGUCCUCGGAGAGGAGGCUGGACCAGCAAAGCUCAAAAAGAUAGAGGAGUUUGGCACGAAGAAGCUGAGCGAAGAUGGGUUGUUUGACUUGAUCAGGCAAAAGAGUGUUGGGAAGAUACAAGUAGGUGCAGGACUUGGUGCAGGAUGUGUGAAGAGAAAGGCCGAUAAAUCUCCUGAUGUUGGCGGAAAGAAGGGAAGACUGGCAGAAGAAGCGUUUCCAGCAAAGAAGAGCGAGCUCAAUGUGACUGGAGACGUUGGUGGAAAGCUUCCGUGGGUGGACAAGUACGCUCCAGUGAGUUCCAAGCACAUCAUAGGGCAGCAAGGAGCCGCCAGUAACAUGGUGAAGCUGACCAAUUGGCUCUCAAAGUGGUACUCAAACCACGACGGGAAGAAGAAGCUCCAGCGCCCAAGUCCCUGGGCGAAGUCUGACGACGGGGCGUUCUUUAAAGCUGCCCUGCUGUCUGGACCGCCGGGAGUUGGCAAAACCACCACAGCUUCUCUUGUUUGCCGCGAGCUGGGCUUCGACGUGGUGGAAUUUAAUGCGUCCGACACGAGAUCCAAGCGCCUGCUGAAGGAGCAGGUUUCCGAGUUGCUAUCCAACAAGUCCCUCUUCGGCUUCUGCCACAACGCCAAGGUGGCUGUGUCCAAGAAGCACGUCCUGCUCAUGGACGAGGUGGACGGAAUGGCGGGAAACGAGGAUCGAGGUGGCAUCCAGGAGUUGAUAGCGCUCAUCAAGGACAGUUCUGUGCCCAUUGUUUGCAUGUGUAACGAUCGGAAUGCCCAGAAAAUGCGCUCUCUGGUGAACUAUUGCUACGACCUGCGCUUCCAGAGGCCAAGGGCGGAGCAGAUCAAGGGAGCUAUGAUGUCGGUGUGCUUCAAGGAGAAGCUGAAAUUGGCUCCAGGAGUGCUGGAUGAGAUCAUCGCGUCCACAAAUCACGAUGUUCGACAGACACUCAACAUUCUGUCGAUGCUGAAUGCCAAGAAGGAUGACCAAGGCACGCAAACUGGUGGCCAAAACUCCAAGAAGGAUCUCAAGCUGGGUCCUUGGGACGUCGUGCGGAAAGUCUUCUCGGCCGAGGAGCAGAGGAAGAUGUCCAUUCAGGACAGGAGUGAUCUCUUCUUCCAUGACUACAGUCUGGGGCCGCUCUUUGUUCAGGAAAACUAUCUCUCAGUGUCGCCCAGAGGCGACAAGAGGGCAGCUAUAUUGAAGGUAGCGGAAGCUGCAGAUUGCCUGAGCAUGGGUGAUUUGGUUGAUCGACGGAUUCGGUCGAAUAUGGCGUGGUCUUUGCUACCCACGCAAGCGAUCUUCAGUUCAGUUCUUCCGGGGUAUUUUAUGCAGGGCUUCUUCACUGGCCAGAUCGAAUUUCCCGGAUGGCUGGGAAAGAACUCAAAGAGGAACAAGAAAUUCCGCCUGGCGCAGGAGAUCAAUGACCACAUCAGAAUUACUGCCUCCGGAUCGCGUGAAUCCGUGUGUCUGGAUUAUGCUCCAAAUAUCCUGGCGGCGAUUUCUGCGCCGCUGAAGCAGAAGGGUGCCGAAGGAGUGCCGGAAGCUGUGAAUGUGAUGAAGGAGUAUCGCCUGCUGAGGGAGGACAUUGAGGGUUUGGUGGAGUUAUCGGUGUUCCCAGGAAAGAAGAGCCCGCUGGAUGGAAUCGAUGGGAAGGUGAAGGCUGCCUUGACGAGAAUGUACAACAAGGAAGUUUGUCCCUUCGUUUAUUCCGCCAAUGCGGCGACAAAGAAGAAAAAGGCCGGCGCUGGCGAUGCUGAAGACGGAUUGCUGAAUGAGGAUGGCGAGGAAGUGGCACAACAGUCUGAGGAGGAAGAAGAGGACGAUAAGAUUGACAAUGAUGUCCUGAUAAAGGCCAAGAAGAAGGCGCCUGCGAAGAAAGAACCCGCAGAAUCCACAUCUAAAGGCAAGAAGGCGCCCUCGACAUCGAAAGGAGGGAGAUCGAAGAAGAAGUGAAAUCACAUCACAAAUUAUACAUAAUGCUUUUGAGAAUAAAUUCCACGUGUUGAA